GCAGGGACUCCAGGGAGGCGACGCGAGCUAGCGGGGAGCUAAGCUGAAUGUUAACGCCAGUCGGAGCCGCCUGAACGCCACCAAACUCAGUAUUUUAUCCGGAUUCAAAACAACAGACGGCGAUACCUUAUGAUUAGGUUUUCGUUUUCGAAUUAAACAAGAUGUCUACCCCAGCACGACGGCGUUUAAUGAGGGAUUUUAAACGACUGCAGGAGGAUCCUCCAGCAGGAGUUAGCGGAGCUCCAUCAGAAAAUAACAUCAUGGUCUGGAACGCUGUCAUUUUUGGCCCAGAGGGGACACCUUUUGAAGAUGGAACUUUUAAACUUACAAUAGAAUUCACAGAAGAAUAUCCAAACAAACCACCCACAGUCCGAUUUGUAUCUAAAAUGUUUCACCCCAAUGUUUAUGCAGAUGGUAGUAUAUGUUUGGACAUUCUUCAGAACCGCUGGAGUCCAACAUAUGACGUUUCUUCAAUUUUAACAUCUAUACAGUCUCUACUGGACGAGCCAAACCCAAACAGUCCUGCCAACAGCCAGGCAGCUCAGCUGUACCAGGAGAACAAACGAGAGUAUGAGAAGCGUGUAUCUGCCAUUGUGGAACAGAGUUGGCGGGAUUGUUGACCACAAACAGUACACGGUGUAUGGACAAUACUCUGCCUCAGCUAUUGAGAGGAAAACCAUCACGUAAAGAAUAAAAUAUAUACACGUUGUUUUGAAUACUCUUCUUACUCUGUAGAGUUGUCUGUUCUGUAGCUGUUGCAAGGUUAGAGUGCUGUUGUGUCAUGGCCUCCCUCUUCAUGCUGAAUCCUGCUCGUGGACAAGGAUGUUUCUUAAUUUAACCGACUGUACCUUGCCAUCUCAAGGUUACAAGCUUUUCUUUGAUUUGUGUGUGAAAGCUUUGAUAUCUGUGCAGGAGUUUGUCAUGACCAUAUGCUGUCUAGUUUUGGUCUGAUCCUGUACUGUGAGCUGAUUGCAUUAGAUUACUAACUGGAUGUAAAUGGAUGCUCAGGUUGUGGGUUCCAGUCAAUCAAGCUUUAUUGAACCUUGCAUCUAUUGGUUUCUUUAUCUAUUUGUUACACACUGCUUGGUUUUUUUAUUGACCUCAGUCCAGUUUUAAUGUCAAGGUGGUCUUGGAGGAAGAAUGCCAAUAGACAGAAUUUCUUGCGUCAAUCUAAAUUUCUUUAUUUUAAAAUUUACAGAUGUUAUCACACUUAAGCUGAAAAGUUUAUAUAUUGGGCUGAUGUACUAAACAUGUUGUUUUAUUAUUUUUUUUAAUUUCUGGGACCUGCUUAUUACCUUUUAAUUUGAAAUACAACUGUUGGUUUCUAUAAGUUCAUGUAUAAAACAAGUGUACUAAUAUUUUUUUAAUACAAGGCUGACAAUAAGAGGUCUGCCUUAAUUUUGGAAGCCUUUAUCCCAAGCCUAGAAUCUGAAAUCUGAAACAGUGGUAAUGAUGUAUUUUCAGACUAUUGAUUUUGACUUUAUAUCCCAAUUGCAUGAUUAUUUGGCCAAUUUCUUCAGUUCCAAUUUGAGUGCUUUUUUUUUUUUUCCCCGGUCCCCUGUGGAUCACUUAUUUCACUGCCUGGGCAUGAUGCUGUUUUGCUUUUAUGCAAUACUCAUUUGAAUUCUUUAGGGUCAUCAUCUUUCAAAUGCACAUCCAGAGUUUGUGUUGGAUUUGUACUUGUACUCAAUGUAAGAAACUGUACAUUUUCUCACUUCUUGUAAAUAAACAGUAAAUUAAUCUCA